ACAAGAAGAAGAGAAGCGCACGUUUUAUUUUGUUUAUAAAAAAUUUCCACCGCCAACUUGGAAUUUUACACCAGAAACGACAAAAAUGGGGGAAAACUUGACGCUGAAUGUCACAUCAAAGCAAGCUGGCCAGAAAAGAAGACAACAAAAGCCAGCGCAAACGGUAAAAAAACGUGUGAAAAAAACGGAAGAAUUCGACUUUCAAUUCGAUUCAGAAAAACCAAAAGCAAAAGCAAUUGUUGUGCGAAGAAAAGCAGAUUCGACGAAAAUGGGAAACCGUAAUUCUAAAGUUAAGGACAAGAAGCCUAUCCCGAAGGCACCUUCGUCUCCAUUGACUUCCAGUGCCACUUAUCUCGAUAGUUUUCGGAAUAUUCUUCCGACUGCAAGACCUCCAUUGUAUCGCCUUCGCCGCGAUGAGCCGUCGAUUACUUCGUCUAACUCUUUCAAUAGCUCUCCGAUUUCGCCUUCGACCAGAGCUGAAGUCCAGGGAUUGCUGGGAAGACAGGAGCAGAGUUCCAAUCGAGUGCCAACCACAAGCAGUCCUCCAGCAUCUACGUCAUCCAGAGGACCUAUAACCCAAGUCGGCCAUCCAAGCCCACGUGUGGUCACCCAAAACUUCGUGCUUAAAACACCCAAAACUGAGCCAUCGGUUAAGACAGAGGGACAGAAGAUGCCCAAGACGAACGUCAGCAAUGCAAAGCCAAAGCGGGUGCUAAAAACUCCCAAAACUGAGCCAUCGGUUGAGACAGAGGGACAGAAGAUGCCCAAGACGAAUGUCAGCAAUGCAAAGCCAAAGCGGAUGAUAAAAACCGAGAAAGAUCCCGAUCAGAUGCCAUCGCCAGGUGCUCGCAAUGCAAAUAUACCUUCCGAAGAUAUUGUGUUCAAUGUAACCACACCAAAACCGGCCGUGGUCGAGCUAAAAAAGGCAAAUACAGAGGGAUUGGUUAAGAAACGAGAAGAAAAGACGCCCAAGAAGAGCCCCAGCAGUGAACAGCCAAAGCGGGUGUUGAAAACACACCAAAGCCCAAACCAAAUUCCAUCAGAAGUCGUUCCUAAUGCACCUUCACCCCCCGGGGAUUUCAUUUUCAAUUUCAGCACCGCAAAGGAGGCUGCCGAAAGCCUUUUAAGCGGGGAUUUAAUCCUUAAUGUGACUACAAAGCCUGUAGUUGCAGUGGAAGCAAAGAAAAAGGUGACGAGGGCUGAAAGAUUGGGCGUGAACAAGGCGAAGGGAAAACCCAUGACGAAGCUCAGCGAUGAGCAGCUAUCGCGUGCAUUGAAAUCUCAACUAAAGCCGGUGAAUCCCAACCAAUUGCCAAGGGCGGGCGACAUUUUCCGUGCUCAAAUGGAGGAGGAGCGCAAACAAAAGAUGCGCGAAGAGGCUGGAGAAGAUGAAAAAAGCAGUGAAGAUGAUCAGGAGUCGGUGAAAGAAUCUACAAAAGAUUUGCCCAUGGAAGAUGGCAACCUAAGCUCGAAUGCAGGAGUAGCCCAGCCAACUCAGGAGACCGGCAAGAAGCCGUCGGAAACCCAAUCGAAACCCAAGCCGGAAGAAAGCAAGCGAGUUCGCACCAAGAAGGUCGGCCUCUUCGAUCAGAGCGAUGUCGAGGCACUCAAGGAACUGGGACAACGAGCUGUGAAGCCCGUGAAGGAGACCAUAUUUACGGGCACGAAGAUAUCCACCCUGGGCCUCCAUCCGCAUGCCGUAAAGAACCUGGAGGAUCUGCUGGGCAUCAAGGAGCUGACCACCGUGCAACAGAAAACCAUACCCGAGGUUCUCCUGGGCAAAGACGUGCUGGUGCGUUCCCAAACGGGCUCGGGAAAGACCCUGGCCUAUGCUCUUCCUCUCGUGGAACUGCUGCAGAAGCAGCUGCCCAAAAUUAAGCGACAGGAUGGCAUCUUGGCCCUGGUGAUCGUGCCCACCAGAGAGCUGGUCGUGCAAACAUACGAGCUCGUGCAGAAGCUGGUCAGACCCUACACCUGGAUUGUUCCGGGUGCCUUGCUUGGUGGCGAGAACCGAAAAUCCGAGAAGGGUAGGAUUAGGAAGGGCAUCAACUUGCUGAUCGGCACACCCGGUCGUCUGGUGGAUCAUCUGCUGCACACGACCGCCUUCAAGCUGAACAAGCUGCAGUUCCUGAUCCUCGACGAGGCCGAUCGCCUGCUGGAGCUCGGUUACGAGCGCGACGUGAAGACCUUGGUGGAGGCCAUUGACAAGCAGCGGGCGGAGUGCGAGGACAAGAAUCAGCCGAAGCUGCAGAGGCUGCUGCUGAGUGCCACGCUGACCUCGCAGGUCAAGGAACUGGCGGGUCUAACGCUCCAGAAUCCCCUCUACAUCGACAACAGCGAUGAGGCGGCGAGUGCCGCGCUGAAGUCCAAGGACGGCUAUCAAAAGGAGACCAUCGAAACGCUGAUGGCGGUUGACGAUGGGUUGGGUGAAUACCAGGAGGACGUCACCGGUGUGCUGAGUAUCCCCGACAAUCUGCAGCUCAGCUUUCUGGUUGUGCCGCCCAAGCUGCGGCUGGUCGUCUUGUCCUCGCUGCUGGCCAAGGAAAUGGACUCCAGUCCCAAGCAGUUCAAGGCGAUCAUCUUCAUGAGCACCACGGAGAUGGUGAACUUCCAUCACGACAUGCUGAACGAGGCGUUGACCAAGAGAGUUCUUGACGAGGAGGAUGAAAACCAGGAAGAGGAUUCCCAAGAAGAGGGAGAUCCUCCACUGCUGCAGGGUCUGCGUUUCUUCAAAUUGCAUGGCUCCAUGACCCAGACGGAGCGACAGGGCGUCUUUCGUGCCUUCCGCGAUUGCCCCAGCUGCGUUCUGCUGGCCACCGAUGUCGUGGGUCGCGGCAUCGAUGUGCCCGACACCAAGCUGGUGGUUCAGUACACACCACCGCAAACCACCGCCGAUUUUGUCCACCGCGUUGGCCGCACAGCGAGGGCCGGUCGACGGGGACGAGCGGUGCUCUUUUUGGCACCCAGCGAGGCGCAGUAUGUGCGCCACUUGGAGAAGAAGCGCAUUCGCAUCCAGCAGGGGGACAUGUACUCCUACCUGCAGACCCUGCUGCCCAAGGACGACGAGGCCAGGACCGUGCAGGAGGCGGCCUCCAACUUGCAGCACAAGUUCCAGUCGCUCCUGGAAGACGAUCGUGAGCUGCACGACAAGUCCUGCAAAGCCUUUGUGUCCUGGACGAAGUUCUACACGACAUUUCCCAAGGAGCUGAAGCCCAUCUUCAACGUUCGCGUCGCCCACAUGGGGCACUUUGCCAAGAGCUUUGCCCUCAAGGAGGCGCCCACCAAGUUCGCGGCCCAGCACGCCGCCCCCAAAGCGGCCCCGCCCACCAACAGACUGACCUACACGGAGAGAGAUCCCGAUAAGAUGCAGGCCCAGAAGCGCGAGAAGCGCCGAUAUACGACCACGGUGAGCGGGCAGGUGCGCCAGGUGCAGCAGCAGAAUGGAGGAUCUCCUGUGGUCGACCGCCGCAAGCCGGGACCCCAAGGAUCCGGCGGAUCUGGGGGAUCUGGCGGAUUUGGUGGCUCAGGAGGCGGAGUGGGUCGCAGCAGCUUCCUGAAGAGCAUGAACAAAUCGAGAGCCCUGAAUAUGUCCGAGAUGGAUAGCGGACUGCCGCCGGCGGGGCCCGCCAAGCGGAGCAAGAAGAAGUAGGAGCCCUCCUCCUACCCCUCGAGAGGGAAAAAGAUGGGAGGGACCCGGAGGAGUAAGUGGUCCAGUGGGGGCACUGCGGCCCGGACGGAGUUCAGAGCACUUUGCGGCACAUUAUGCGCGCCAUUUUGCCUGCCCGCUGUGCCUGCUCAGGCGUUUAAUCGAAAAGCAAAUUGCUCCAUAUAUAUUAUCUAUCUAUAUCUGUAUAUGUAUAUAUAUGUUCGAGUAGAAUAUAAGAAAAUCCAAGGAGCUGCGCUCAUAAAAGUUUCAUUUUUCUCAACUUUUAAGCCCGGACGUCCUGCGGGAAAAGUUGUGGCCGCCUGCCAGCAUAUUUUAAGCUUCCUUUUAACUUUUUUCUACUGUUUUUCCUAUUUUUUUUUCCUGUUUUUCGAUUACUUGCCGUAAUAUGUUCGUUCAUUUUUUGUGUGGAAAAUAUUAGAAAUCCAUUUUCCGCUCACUGCAGAUUCAUUCAGUUUUGAAAAUGUCAAUGAAACGACGGCGAGGGGUCAGAGGUCGGCACGUGUUGGCUUUUUAUGCAACCGAAGCGCAUAAUUGGUUGGACAAGGCAUAAAUAAAUAUCGGAUACAUAUAAA